CUCCAGCGUGACCGGAACGUGCGCUAGGCUGCUCGUUUUCUAGUCUAGACUUAACUUGUUUGUGGCGCUGAAAUCAAGUUUUGUUUUUAAACGUCCCGUAACCACUACGUUCAGAUAUACAGGUAAUUUCUCCGGGAUAUAUUUCGCAGCCGUAGGUGUCCCCUCAUAUCAAAUCUCAGACUGCCGCGGUGCACGCCGGGUCCAUAUGACACCUGCUCUCGAACUACCGAGUGAAAGGCGCUCGCAGUAGUGAACGGCGGUGGAAUUACUAGGUAUUUUCAGAAGAACCGAUGCGGUUUUCUUUGCGUAAUUGAUUUGUUGCAUUUUUAGCAGCUGAGCUACAGGCGCUUAUGCCAUGAAAGCGUUACCUAACGACCGAACCUGUGAAGUUUACAGCGUUUCGAAUUUUCGCCUCUGCCCCCGUGACAGUCUACCUACACAGACUGAAAUUAUAGAGCCAUCCCAGUCCUUGGCUGGAGGGAAAGAAGUGGGGAAGAAGCUGUGUGCCCCCUCCUUCAAUGGGAGGAAAUGGGCGGUUUCAGUUCUACUACUCGCAGUAGCCAUCACGUUGAUACUAUUUUUGUUUGCAUCUCCACCCUAUGCAGUGUUCUACCUGGGAGGAAGUGUGGAGUUCAGGAACCAAAGCUUCGCUCCAGAGCUGACUGACCCCACCUCCCCACGGUUUCAGCUGCAGGUUGAGGCCCUCAGCCCUUAUUUCUCACGGCUAUACGAGUCCUCUCCGUGGCACUCCCACUAUCUCCACUCAAGGAUUAUUGCAUUCAGUGAAGGAGUGGACGGGCUACGGGUGUUUUACUGGAGUAAAUUCUUAGCUCCCACUGGUGUGGGUCUGGAGGUACACAACACUGGCGCUAACCAUCUGCAGAGGGUGCUGGGCGCUACCAACAAGCUGCUUUUCAGCAGGAAUGAACUAUACUCUCUGGAGAAGAACAAUGAUACGCUGCCAGUGCUGAUGGGGCUGGACUCAGAGGAUGAUAACUCUGAUGAAAAAAUGGAUAAAAUAAAAAACCCUACUUCUCUCCAGAGCAUCAAGUGGCAGCUGGGUUUCCAAGCAAUGUCUUUUGAUCUUUAUGCCAAAUAUGGGAACAAUCGCACCCUGAGCUUGGUGAGUCCGAAGAAGCCAUACUACCAGUGGCGCCUGCGAGUCCCAGCAGGUCAUGUGGUCCGGCUGGUGGUCCUCACUCUGCAUGGUGCCACCCCCGGAAGUUGCUCCGCCCACAAACUGUCCGCGUACGACUUCCUCCUGCCCCUGCAGAACAAGAUCAUUUCUAGGUGGUGUGGCCUGCCUGUUUCUGGACCCUCUCCUGUGAUGAAGCUUAUCUCAUCAGGAAAUGUCAUGCUGGUGACUUUCUCCUUCAACAGACAGAGGGAUGGAGCCAUGUUUAAAGCUUACUUCCAGGCUGUACCCAAAACAGGAUGUGGCGGAUCGCUUUUGGCCUGGAAUGGUACAGUGACAUCACCAUACUACCCCAGCCACUACCCCCCCAACGUGGACUGCAGCUGGACCAUAAGGACUCCAUUGCCAGGCUACUUGCUCUCUCUGACUAUCGUGAUGCUGGACAUUCAGGAUUCGCCCUCCUCUGAUAGCUGUGAAAAAGACUGGUUGGAUAUCAAUGGGAUACGGUUGUGCAACCCAAUCAUAGACAACAUCAGGAAGAGGAUCUACUCAUCCCCUGUUGUUCUGCACUUCCACUCGGAUGAAUCCCUCACUCACAAGGGCUUUUACAUCCUGUUCCGUGCCUUCACUCAGGAGAGCUCUUGUCCAAGGCAGUUUCGCUGUGGAGAUGGCCGUUGUAUUCCUCUGCGGAAGGUCUGUGAUGGAGUGAAGGACUGCUCUGAUGGCCGGGACGAGGCAAAGUGCCCUUGCAGGCCUGGAGAGGUUCAUUGUGGGAAUGGUCAGUGCAGGCCACGUGCUAGCCAGUGCAAUGUACAAAGCAGUGUACAAAGCAGCUGUGAAGACAGCAGUGAGGAGUCCAAAUGUGUAGGUAGAUGCUACCUCAUGUGUCCCAACAAGGUUUGUGUACCCAAGUCCUCAGUGUGUGAUGGCAUCAUUGACUGCAAAGACCGGAGUGACGAGAUUAACUGCACUAGACCCUGGCACAAAGGUUGCUCCCCAUCCUCCUACAAGUGUGCCAGUGGGAAGUGUGUGAAUAAAGUUAACCCAGAAUGUGACGGUGUGAAGGACUGUGGCGAUGGCUCUGAUGAAAUGCGCUGUGGCUGUGGCACCAGACCCAAAAGAAAGAGCAAGAUUGUGGGCGGGAGCGACGCGCAGAUGGGGGCGUGGCCAUGGCAGGUCAGCCUGCAGAUGGAGCGGUAUGGACACGUGUGCGGCGCCUCUCUGGUCUCCAGCCGCUGGCUUCUGUCUGCAGCACAUUGCUUCCAGGACUCUGAUGCUAUCAAGUACUCUGAUGCGCGGUCCUGGAAGGCAUAUCUGGGGAUGCGUGUUAUGAACACAGUCAGUAAUGCAGUGGCCACCCGGCUGAUCCGACGCGUGGUCCUGCACCCACAAUAUGACCAGUUCACAUCUGACUAUGACAUUGCCCUGUUGGAGCUCAGUGCCCCCAUCUUCCUCAGCGACUGGGUUCAGCCUGUGUGUGUUCCUGCGCCCUCACACACCUUCGGCUCUGGCAGCAACUGCUUCGUCACUGGCUGGGGCGUACUUAUGGAGGACGGUGAGCUGGCCAGCCUGUUGCAGGAGGCCACUGUCAAGAUUAUCGGCCACAGCACCUGCAAUAAGUUAUAUGAUGAUGCUGUUACUCCCAGAAUGCUCUGUGCUGGAAAUCUGCAGGGAGGUGUGGACGCCUGCCAGGGUGACUCAGGCGGACCUCUGGUAUGCCAAGAGAAAGGCCGACGCUGGUUCCUGGCUGGGAUCGUGAGCUGGGGGGAGGGUUGUGCCAGGCAGAACCGGCCAGGAGUCUACACACAGGUCACCAAGUUCUCAGAGUGGAUCCACCAGCAGACCAAAGGGCAGGUCUGAGGAGCACUGACUCUAAGCAUGGAGUGUACCCCCACUUGCACACAAUCAGUGGCACCCCUAAAUGAGGGGUAGGGCACUGAAAUCUAGUGAGAGGUUGCCCCGCCUAUCAUUUUGGACUUUGUAUUAGCCUAACUUUAAUACUUGUAUGUCAAAACCAUUCAUCUGCAAUUCAUCACUAGAGGAGGAACUGUGGAGCAGUAUGAGAGUUGAUUGAGGAGUUGAGGAUCAUGUUGAUAAGGGGCUAUAUAUGUAUAAUAUCACACAUGUAUUAUGUAUUAAUAUGGCAUGGGAGGUAAGGAGCUAGGCUUGUAACCACAAGGUUGCAGGUUUCAAUCCCCAUCGGGAUGAUUUAUUGGAACUAUUGAGCUGGUCAUUAACUUGAAUGUCUUCAGUGAAAUAUCCAGCUGUACUGUAUUUAUGAGGAAUACAA